ACAUUUGUCCCUCAAAAUUGUCUACCAAAUAAAUUCAAUACAACAAAAAAAUCUUAGUCAGGGAAUAACAAAUAUAAAUAAAAAAAGGAGCCUUCUUUCAGGAAAAACACUACCGCUUUUGUCCACAAGCACAGCCAAAUUCAACAACAACAACAAAAAAAGGAAGCUCCUUUGGGCUGCUUUAAGACCACAUAAGCAAAAUAAAAAUGAAAACUGGGGAGAACGGGGUAAACCUUGCUACAGUAUAUAACCGAACACAUUAUGUCAUGCAAAUAAGGUUGCUUAAAAGUUGGUAGGGCCUUCUGAAAAGUUGCUAGUGUUUUCUCCUUACCGUCCCUAUGCAAACCUACGCCCUUGCUUUUGGGUUUGUAUUGUUGAUUGUUCAUCCGUCUGUUUAUUAUGUUAAUUCAACAACAACAAAAAAGAGCUUUCUUGGCCCCGACCACAAUGGCGGGCGGGCGGGCGGGCGUGCACGUUUCAAGUCAUAACUAGCUUCUUUUCUCAGCAGAUGAUUUGAUCAGUGCCAAAACCUCUGCUCUGAACUCUUUGUCGAUGCCAGACGUCCUAUCCGUUUCAAGUCGGAGGCCUGAUGUUUGUACAUUCGCUGCCGCUGCUUUUAAUGGCAGCCAAUGAGGUCAAAACUAAAAUCAAUUCUUCCUCUGGUCAAGGUACAAAUGAGUUUAUCACAAAAGUAAACGUCCGGUCCAACCCUGCCGCUUCUAAUGGGUCAGAUUUCUAGCGCCGUCAACAAAAGUUGAGCGGACGCGGAUAGGAUUGGACGCCGCACGAUUGGACAUUUUGGGAAGGGCGACGAGAGCUCCUUUUUUAAGGCGCCAUUCAUCCCUGGCGGCCAUCUCGGGCAGGACGGCUACGUCUUUACUUCAUUUCUUAGUACUCCCGAUGACCUCAUUUUAGUGGUGUAUUGACUUUGCCCCCCCCCCCCCCGGGCCAAAUGGAUUGGACGCUGUCAAUGGUAGCCAAAAACUUCCUUUUCCCAUCCCGAGCGAUGAGCGCACGCAGGCUGCAUCAAAAAAGGUACAAAUAUGCUGAGGACGCACACCAUAAAUAUUUAUGAGCAUCUAAUGGCGUCAUAAAAGAGUGCUUUUGCUUAUCAGCGUUGCACUUUGCUUGGAAACGUCCUCACCACGCAAAAGUCGUCGCUUGCCGUCGAACCUUCACGCCGAGACGCGAGCUCGCAGUGAACAAGAUGGCCGCCAGGAAGGGUCGCGCUCUUUCCUCCCUGGAGGUGACGCUCGCCGUCCUCUUUGUCGCAAUGACGACCGUCAGCAUUGUUCUCAUCGCCACGCGCGCCACGGACACCUGUCCCGGCCCGCCCCCCGGCCGGGCUCCACCCUUCCUCGUCGGCGUGGGCCGCGCUGACUGCACCGGACCGCCGGCCGAACUCCCUCUGAUGGGCUACGCUAACCCUCAGCAGACGGCGGCGGGCAUUCACACGCGAUUGUUCAGCCGCGCCUUCAUCGUCGACGACGGCCGCCGUCGAGUCGUCUUCGUCUCCGUGGACGUGGGAAUGAUCUCUCAGAGGCUCAGGCUAGAGGUCCUGAACGCCCUUCGGGCCAAAUACGGCGACCUGUACCGGCGGGACAACGUGGCCCUGAGCGGGACGCACACGCAUUCCGGCCCGGGCGGCUAUUUCCAGUACACUCUCUUCAUGAUCAGCAGCAAAGGUUACCUGGAGUCGUCCAUCCGCCCGCUGGUCAAAGGCAUCGUCAAAAGUAUAGACGUGGCCCACGGCAGCCUGCGGCCGGGACGGAUCUACAAGAACCGAGGCCGCCUGGGCGCCAGCGGCGUCAACAGGAGCCCUCACUCGUAUCGCAACAACCCGCGCCAAGAGCGGGACAGGUACGACCGGGACGUGGACCAGGAUAUGUUGCUCCUCAAGUUCACCGACGCGGACGGAGACGGAAUCGGCGCGCUGAGCUGGUUCGCGGUGCACGCGGUCAGCAUGAAGACCAGCAAUCGUCUGGUGAGCGCCGACAACAUGGGCUACGCCGCCUACCUGAUGGAGAACCACAAGGACCCCUCCGCGCUGCCCGGACAGGCAGCUUUCGUGGCCGCUUUCUCCUCCAGCAACUUGGGCGACGUGAGCCCCAACGUCCGAGGACCCCGCUGCGUCAACUCCGGAUUAGCCUGCGACUACUUGAACAGCUCGUGUCCCGAAGGAGGGACCAAGGAGUGUCAAGCCUUCGGGCCCGGCGAAGACAUGUUUGACAGCACCAGAAUCAUCGGCCUCAACAUCUUCAGGAAGGCCAGGGAACUUUACGCCGACGCGACGGAGGAAGUGACGGGCUCGGUUCAGUCGGCUCAUCAGUGGGUGGACAUGACGGACGUCGUCGUUCGCCUGGACGACGCGCGCGAGGUCGCGACCUGCAAACCGGCGCUGGGCCACAGUUUUGCGGCGGGAACCACGGACGGCGGAGGAGACCUCAACUUCACGCAAGGCGCCGUGGAGGGCGACCCGUUUUGGGACGGCAUCCGAGACGCACUCCUGGGCCCGCCUUCUAACCAGACGCGGGAAUGUCACCGGCCCAAACCCAUCCUGUUCAGCACCGGAGAGAUGAAAUGGCCGCUGCCGUGGCACCCGGAAAUUAUCGACGUUCAGAUCCUGACGCUCGGCUCGGUCGCGGUGGUCGCGGUUCCCGGAGAGAUCACCACCAUGGCGGGCAGGAGGUUAAGAGAAGCCGUUCGGCGGGAGCUCGGGUCGGAGGGCGCCUUCUCGGACGCGGACGUGACCAUCGCGGGCCUCAGCAACGUCUACACUCACUACAUCACCACCUACGAGGAGUACCAGGUUCAGAGGUACGAGGGCGCGUCCACCAUCUACGGUCCUCACACGCUGGGCGCGUACGUGCAGAAAUUCGCCGGCUUGGCGCGCGCCAUCGCUCAGGACCGAGUCGGGUCGCUCCCGCCGGGUCCGGAGCCCCCGUUUUUCCAGAAGAACCUUUUCGACCUCCUGGGCGCGGCCAAAGCCGACAGAAAACCCGACAACGGCACUUUCGGAGAGGUCCUGCGGCAGGUGCUUCCCGUCUACAGACAGGGCGACGUGGCGUCCGUCACCUUUGUGGCAGGAAACCCCAGACACUCGGGAGAUGUGAGAGAUCGGAGCUUCGUGGCCGUGGAGAUGCGCGAUGACGCGAGUGACGCCUGGACGCUAGUGCACACGGACGCGUCGUGGGAGACGAGGUUCCUCUGGCUGAAAGACCGCAAUCGACGUAGCAACGCCACCGUGGAGUGGCACAUCCCGAUCGACGCCGCCGUAGGCGCCUACAGGAUCAGGCACUUCGGACACUUCAAGAGCAUGAAAGGCCUGCGGCCGGUGAUCACGCCCUACCAGGGCACGUCCGACGUCUUCCGGGUCACCGCCGGUUUUUAUCGGCGGUGAACGCUCGUGUGUACUUGCUGUUCUCUUUGGAUUGAAGCCAUCUGUUUGUGGCAAUAAAAUUCCAUUUUUCCUUGCCCGUCAUGUUCGCUCUCACUUUCGCCACCUUUAACAUAUUCAAGGCUCUAAUUACCUGAUAUCAAAUAUUCCUACUUGGAUUUGUUUUUAUAU